UUCUUGCUAGGGGGGGGCGUAACAGAAAAUAAUUGAGAAGCACUGGGUUAAAUGCAGAGGCCAAAUUUCACCACACCCAGAUGUGUGUGUGACGAUCAUUGGGACUUUAAGUUUUUUUUUUUUUUAACUAUAGCUGUGGUCUGUCGAAUCAAAAAAGUGGCUGGAAAACUUCAGCCGAGGGCUAAGAAGGGAGCUUAAUGUAAAGAGCUUUUGCGCGCGUGUGUGCGCGCGUGUGUGAAUGUGUGCGUGAGUGAGAAGUCCAUUUGAAGAAAAAAAAAAGGAAAGAGCCACAGAUGAAUGAAGUAAAAUGUUCCUAAUAAAGUGACAGGGCUGCUGCUGCUGUUGCUGCUGUUGCUGCUGCUGCUGCUGCUGAUGAUGAUGAUGAUGGUGAUAAUGGUGACGAUAUUGAUUAUAACGAUGAAGUAAAAGUAGGCGGGGCUGGAGGGAGUGAAGCAUCAGAAAAAGACGAACCAGUCUAAAGAGGAUGAGACAGAAGGAGAUUAGGAGAAGACGAGAAGGAGGAAGAGGAGGUGUGAAAGAAAACGACAGCUGCAGGACAGCAAGAAGAGAAAGAAAGAUCGAGAAAGCAGAAAAGGAAAUAAGAAAGUAGCCCAGUUUUUGCGCUCCAUCAGCUCAUUCACGCAAGAGGAAACAAGAGAAAGGCUGCCACGGUAAGCGGCCCACCUGCGGCAUGCCAGCCAGCCAGCGAGGCCCCACAGCUCCGAGCAGCCCGUGACCUCGAAACGACUCCCCGAGGACCUCCUCAUGGACGGCCUCAAGCGCCUGCCGCUCCUGCUCCUCUUGGCCACGUCGGCUCAAUGCCAAUUUGACGCCUGUCGCCGGGGGGCGGGCACCGGAUGGGAGGACUCCGCCUGCCAGCCGCCAACCGCCAACAUGAAAGAAGCCAUGCAGAUCCGAGUGGAGCCGCCGGGAGUCACCUGCGGCGACCCGCCCGAGCGAUUCUGCACUCUGGAAAACCCAUACCUCUGCAGCGACGAGUGCGACGCCUCCAGUCCGGACCUGUCCCACCCGCCUCAGCUGAUGGGAGACCGGGAAAGGGGCGGGCUCAUCACCUACUGGCAGACGGUCCCGUGGUCCAAGUAUCCCGAGCCGCUGUUGGCCAACGUCACGCUGUCCUGGAACAAAAGUCUGGAGGUGGUGGACGACCUGGUGGUCAGCUUCGAAUACGGGCGCCCCACCAGCAUGGUGCUGGACAAGUCCACGGACAAAGGGCUGACGUGGCGGCCCUACCAGUUCUACGCCGACGACUGCAUGGAGACGUUCGGCAUGCCGCCCAAGCGAGUGUCCGACUUGGCGCCCAGCAACGUGACCAGGGUCAUCUGCACCGAGCGGUACUCCGGAUGGCUGGGCGCCAAGGAGGAGAAGACGGUGGUGUUUGAGGUCGGAGCCCGCUUGCGAGCGCUGGCGGGCCCGAAGCUCCUGGACACGGACGCCUUGUUCACGCGGCUGCAGAGCAGCAAAGCUCUGCGGGACUUCUUUACCUUCACCGACCUUCGCCUCCGACUCCUGCGACCGGCCCUGGGCGGGACCUACGUCCAGAGAGACAACCUGCUCAAGUACUUCUACGCCAUAUCCAACAUCGAUGUCCCCGCCAGGUGUCAAUGUAACCUGCACGCGUCGGCGUGCGGGUUGCGGGACGCCACCUUGACGUGCGACUGUCAGCACAACACCAGCGGGCAGGACUGCCAACGCUGCGCCGCCGGCUUCCGGUCCCGCAAAUGGAUGGCGGGCAGCUUUCUGCCGCUUCCCGGCGGGACUGCCAAUGCGUGUGAAGCAGCAGAAAUGAGCGAGUGCGAGUGCAACGGCCACUCCAACCGCUGCAGCUUCAUGGACUUCCUGAACGUGGUGACGUGCGUCAGCUGCAAACACAACACCAGGGGACAUCGCUGCCAACACUGCCGUCUCGGUUACUACAGGAACGACACCCUGCCGCUCCAUCACCAGGAUGUUUGCGAGGCGUGCGAGUGCAACGACGCCGGCAGCCACUCUCGGCACUGCGGCGCCUCGGGGGAGUGCCAGUGCAAGGAGGGCGCCGCUGGGAGGCGCUGCGACCAAUGUCUGCCCGGAUACACGAGGAGAAGCAGCGGGGCCGGCUGCACAGUCAACGUGUGCCACGAAGCUCGCCCCUGUCUCAACGGCGGGACAUGCGUGGACUUCCAGCGCUGCCAGUGUGCCGCCGGCUUUGCAGGCGUUUACUGUGAGCAGCGCGCGUGUCUGAAGAAGAGCGGUUGCCUUGACGACGCAAGCGCCGCCUCGCCGCUGAUGACUUCGCAACUCCGCCUCCCAUUCAUCUUCAGCCUGAUCGCCGCUGCCGCCUUUUGAAGCCAUCAAAUCGAGGAACGGCUCGGCGACGUCAUCAUCCGGCGACGCACGCGACGUCACCAAGCCUCUGUGCCAGGAAGAUUUGAUUGAAAGGAAUGAUAUCACCUCGGAAAGCAAUGUUUGCAAAAGAUUACACGCAGCCCUGGUAGGCAAACGCUGCAUAUUCCGCUUUCUACAUUUGUUGACCAUACCCAAGAGUAUGC